AUGGACAUCCAACAAAGCAAAGCUGAGGCUCUACUAAAAAAUAACAUCACCAAUGUAAAUCUUCUGGGAUUCUCAAAUAUUGAAAACCUCCAUAUCCUAAUCUUCUCUCUACUGUUUCUAAUAUACUGUGGGACCGUUUCAGGAAACCUUCUAGUCAUGGCCUUAUAUUUGGUUAGUAAAACUCUUCAGUCUCCUAUGUACUUCUACAUUACACAGAUCUCGUUGUGUGACCUCCUGGUGACCACAGAUAUUGUCCCCGUCCUUCUUCACACUGUACUGUAUGGAGGGAGCUCUAUGACCCUCAUCGGCUGCAUCACACAGUUUUCUAUCUUUGUAAUGUCAGAGGCCUCAGAGUGUCUUCUGCUGUCGGUGAUGUCUUAUGAUCGGUAUCUGGCCAUCUGUAACCCCCUCCACUAUCACUCCAUCAUGACUCGGAAAUUUUGUUUGAUAUCUGUAAACAUCAUUUGGUUGGUUGCUUUUACGGUGAUGAUGAUGUAUGGGAUUUUCAUGUGUAAUCUGUAUUUCUGUGGUCCUCACAUCAUUGACCAUUUCUACUGUGAAUUAGAACCCAUAAUGCAGCUCUCCUGCUCUGAUACGUCCACUAUUAAUAAACUGGUUGUCGUCAUUGGCAUCUUAAAUGUAUCUUGCCCUUUUAUAAUAAUUGUGGUGUCAUAUGUGUCCAUUGUCAUCACCAUUCUGAAGAUCCCAUCCAAUACCGGAAGACAUAAAGCCUUCUCCACCUGUAGCACCCACCUCAUUGUGGUCUCCAUACUUUAUGGGACAUUAAUCAUUGUUUAUAUGUUUACAACAAAAGAACAAUCCCCAACACUGAGUAAGGUCUUGUCUCUGAUUUACACCAUGCUGAUCCCACUGCUCAAUCCUAUUAUUUACACACUGAGGAACCAAGUCUUUAAAGAAGCUUUAAAUAAACUUAAACUUGUCUCAUUUGGAAGAGAGAGAUCCAGGAAGGGACUUUUAUCUACUGGACGGUGGCAGGACCUUGAGAUCCGUUUGUGGACAUUGCGAGAGUUUCAGCCUACUCUAAGUAACACUGGGGAGCAGGACAUUGAGUGGGCCACAUCUAUUCAAUGUGCACUAAUUGAAGAUAGGGCGAAGACCGGGGAUGCCAAUCCUAUUGCUUUGCCUCAAAAUGGGAAUCAUUAUCACAGCUUGUGA